AUUCAUGUGUAGACAGAAGGGAGUCAGAGACAGUAAAGUUAACUCGCGACUUUUCUUCGAUAUUUGUUAUGUCAACUUGAUAUAGCGUCUGCGACUUAGCUAUUGCUAAAGCUUUAGCGCACAUGCAGUUGAUGGUAUUUUGAGUACUCACAACAAGUAGCAAGCUAACGUUAGCCAGCUAACCACGCGCACAGGCAGAAGUUGACUGCAAAGCAAAACCUUGUUUGAAGCUUACCUUUCAUUUUUAAGCUACACAGAAUUACAUUGACUUUAAAUGACUUAAAUGAAAGUCUUGAACACGUACUUGCAAACCAGGCACAGGUAACGUCAAGCUACUGUGGUUCGCAGCCUUUGGGAAUGUCAUCGCCUCCAUGUGGUGUCAGCAGUCAUGACGGCUCACCUACCAGCGAUUCUGAUGAGUCUAAGCUCCCCCUCAGUCAGUUCUACCCAUACAUCCGAUGUGCCCUAUGCUGCGGCUUCUUCAUUGAUGCCACCACCAUCACAGAGUGUUUACACACCUUUUGCAAAAGUUGCAUCGUGAAGCAUUUUUUCUCCACCAACAGAUGUCCAACAUGUGAAAUUAUAGUCCACGAAACACAACCACUUUACAAUAUCAGGCUCGACCGACAACUCCAGGAUAUUGUUUACAAAAUGGUUCCUUUCCUGGAGGCGUAUGAAAGAGAACAAAUGUGUAACUUCUACAGAAAAAGAGGGCUGGAGAUACCCAAACCAGUGACAUUUUCCUGUGCAGCUCCUCCUGCGUUGAAACGGCAAAAGAAGGAUUGCGGGCCUCAGUCUGUGCUCAACAUUCCUCCUGAGCUGGAUGUGUCAUUGCUGCUGGAGUUUGUAGGGGCUGAAGAGGGGAUUAGCAACUACAAGCUCCUAGAAAGGCCAUAUGUGCGUGUGUCAGGUGAAGCCACUAUUCGCCAUGUGGAGCUGUUCAUCAGGAGGAAGAUGGAACUCAGCCCAACUUGCCAGGUAGAUAUGGUUUGUGGGGAUCAUUUGCUGGAUCACUAUCAGGCACUGAAAGAUGUACAGAGUUCUGUGGGAGCAGAGGCCCUGCAGGAUGGCGUGCUGGUGCUGCACUUUGGCUUGGUCCUGCCCAGUCAGUCUUGAAUGGAAAGGUUGGAUUUACUGACCGUAACACACGUGUUGUAGUGUGAAUAUUCUCAUCUACGUCAUCACUCUCCAAAGUGUCUUAGUGGGCUUAUUCAAUACGAAUGUCUCCAAAGCAUCGAUUGAAAAAAAAUCCAUAUCAAGAUGUGUAACUUAAACAGAACUGCAACAAAACUGUGCUAAGUUACUCACUAAAUAUUUUGAAUAUAAGUCUGGGAAAAGCUUUUGGCCUUAUUUUCAUGUCUCUUUGUUGGACGCACAUAGUAUAUAUUUGUAUAUUUUGCAAUACAGAGCAUACUUGGAUAAAUAUUCUUCAUGUAUUUAAUAAUCAAGAUAAGGGCUUGACACGCAAGGAGAACUACUGCCAAAUGUUCGUGAGCUUAAUGUUGAUCUGUCUUUUGAACAGCCUUAAUUUAACUUUUGGAUACAAAUAUUGACAUUAUUAUAAUGUCAAGUUGGAAACAAACAAAUCUUUUGUCAGGUUUGAUAAAAUGCCUUUUCAUUUGGAAUAAAAAAUACUUUUGAAAUGAGAUGUGAUGCCUAUUUUGAUGUGCUUUUUUUUUUUUUUUUAGUAUUAAGGGUUGAGCCAUCUGGCAACUACCAGUCAGCGUGUUUACUGUUAACUUUAUCGAUACAAUUUUAACGCACCGGACGAAGAUCUUACAGUGAUCAAAUCUCAGUGAGUCAAACUUUUACUUCCCCUUCAUUUGCAUAUACGGUAUGUCAUGUGUCACACGAAAGAUGAGACAGAAUGUCUUAUUCAGCUUUUUAUUUGGUUCGUUCCACCAGUCAGAGCAAAUGACUUGGUAAGCAGGGGUGGACACUGAUGCCUAAAGCUAGCGGACGUGCACACAGACAUGUUGAUAUGGUCUACACAUCUACGUUAUACAGUACAUGUAUUUUCACAGCCACUUCUAACUAGGUUUUCUCAGGUAGGGUUAGCACGAAGCAGAGGGCAGGCACACACAGUCUAGUUUGCUCUUUAAAAGACGAAUAUGCACUAACGUGAAACCCAUCGGUGCAGUUAGGUCAGGGUGUCCAAAGUGCGGCACAUUCUUAAACUACAAUUUCAUAAUUUUAUGAGAAUAACAUUGUAAAUUUAUAAGGAAAAAUAACAGCAUUUUAGUUGCAUGAAGUCGAAAGAUUACAUUUUCAUUUUUAAAGUCGGAAAGUUAUCCAUCAACCAACGAAGUUGUAAUUGUUGGAAAGUUAGGUUGGAGAAAAGUUAGAAUGUUCCGAGAAUAAAGUCAUAAUUACCAGAAGAUUUACAAGAGGAAAACUGGAAAGAGUUGGAAAAGUCAAGAAAUUAAGAGAAAGUUGUCAUCUAACGAGAAAAAUACAUUUUACGAGAGUAACGUAAUAUGAGGAUACACUUCAUUGUAGUAGCAAUUUUUUUUGUUGUUAAUAUAUAAUCUGAACAACAAAAACGUUGACAUUUUUGGAAAAUUAGGUUUCGGGAAACGUUAUAAGAAUAGUAUAAGUAUAAAAGUAUGUAAUAAGAGGAAACUUUAAAUAGUUGGGGGUGGGAGGGGGCAUUUUUUAUAAAAGUCAAAAUAUUAAGAAAAAAAAGUAUUCUAACAAGAAAGUAAUAAGCUGUCAUUUUAGUAGCAUAGAGUUGGAAUAUUAAUGUUUUUUUUAAACUCAUAAUAUGAGAAGCCAAGAGGGUCAAAUUGUCAUUUUUGGAAAGUUAGUUUGGGGGGAAAGUUCCAGUAUUAUGGGAAUAAAGUCAAAAUAUGUCAAAAGUCAUAAUUACAAGAACAAAGUUGAAAUAUUUGAGAAAAGAGCAGAAAUGGGGAAAAAAAAUAAUUUUAAUGCAAUGAAGUCAAAAUAUUAAGAAAAAAAGAGUGAUAUAUAACGUCUUAGCAUAGCUUUAGAAAAUAUCAAAGUGGCCCUUGCAUCCAUUCAUUUUUCACUAUGUGGCCCUCACUGGAAAAGGUUUAGACACCCCUGGUUUAGUUGACAAGUAGGCCUGUCACGAUAAUUGAUAAAUCAAUGAAUCGAACAAUUUAAAAAAAAAAAAAAAAAGAUGUUGAUCAUUUUUGCCGGCCUCCAUAAAUUGACAUGUACAUGCUAUAAUUAAUGGAAAAAACAACAAA